CGAGCCGGGCAGAGCGAGGGAGCGAGGGGCUGGUGGAAAGUUCGCGAAUCGCUGCCAGGGUGGGGAGCGAAACCGAGCUCAUUCCACCCCUACCCCACCCGCGGGGGGGUCCGCAUUCCCCCCCCCCCCUCUCCCCGACACUUCCCUCCGUCCUAUCCCCUGUCGUUCACCGCCUGCAGCCGCCAUCUUCCCUGAGCGGGAGUAACCGCCAUCGCGGCUCCGGGCCCCGUCUGGGCUUUGAAAAGGCGAGGGGGCCGCCAUCAGCCGAGAGAGACCGAGCUGGAGUGUGCGGCCUCCCGGGAAUUACUGUGGACCUGAAUCCAGGCCCCGGGAGGCAGUGGGUGAGGGCAGACCCAGCGAUGUACCGACGCCCUCCGCCGACUUAAUCCGGGUGGAGGGCUUGAAGAUUCGGCCUGUGUCAGGCGGAGCAAGCCGAGCUCCGCCGUGAUUUAUCGCGGAGAAAUUUCCCUUAUUUUCUUCAGAAAACACACCAAGAAACAACCGCAUUUUAAUCCCGCGCCAGAGGAAAGUGAGGGGAGUUUAUUUUCUUUACCUUUAUUUUUUUUUAACCGAGAUGUUGGCCGGAGCCAAGGACAAUCCGUGCCGUAAAUUCCAGGCUAAUAUCUUCAAUAAGAGCAAAUGUCAAAAUUGCUUCAAACCCCGGGAGGUGCACUUACUGACGGACGAGGACUUGAACCAGGCUAAACCCAUUUACGGAGGCUGGUUGUGUUUGGCACCUGAAGGCACAGAUUUUGAAAAUCCAAUGCAGAGGUCAAGGAAAUGGCAGCGCAGAUUCUUUGUGUUAUAUGAACAUGGCUGUCUACGUUACGCUUUGGAUGAAUCGCCAAGUACCCUGCCACAAGGGACAGUUAACAUGAAUCAAUGCACAGAUGUUGUUGAUGCAGAGCCAAAGACUGGUCAGAAGAAUGCACUCUGUAUUGUAACCCCUGAACGUGAAUUUUUCAUUCGUGGCGAGUCCAAAGAAAUAAUUAAUGGAUGGCUUGAACAACUGACGGUAUAUCCCAGAACCAAUAAGCAAAAUCAGAAGAAGAAAAGGAAAGUGGAACCUACAACUGCGCAGGAGCCUGGGCCAGCUAAAGUAGCAGUGACAGGUUCAGGGAUCCCUGAUCCAGAGAAGAUUCCAGAUUCACGGUCCAGCCUGUGGCAGGAGGAGUUUCAUGGUAGAGAUGUGGAAACAACUCCAAAUUGGCCUGUUCCUGAUGGUGGUUCUCACGGAGGACUGUUUUCCUUGAGAGAGAGUGAUGUCCAUCCCCUUGAUGUUGUGUCUGAUCAUAGUUCUGUUAAUGGAGAUGAGGUGGAUAGAGGAAGGGUGCUACCUCUUGAUCAGCAGAGGCAAGAAAUACGUGUCCUUUCGCCUGCCAGCAGUUCUUCGAGCAAGCACGGUAUGGAACCUGGUGGCAUUCCCCGUUGUCCAUCACCAGUGUACAGUGAUCCUUUUCCAUCGGCCAGUAGUCUGUUAUCGAAUGGAUCACAUAUCAGUGGAUCAAUGAGCUCUUUGGAUUCAGAAGCAAGUGGAAGUACAGUAACAAGCACAGAUAGUCACCAUGCUGAAGCUAUGGCCAGCAGAGCUGACCAUUCACGAGCCAAUAGAGAAUUUUAUGAAGUUGACAUGAGAAAAGUGGGAAAACGGACACGAAUAAGAAGUCCAGAGAGAGGUGAAACAGACCAAGUGAUUGGGCAAGAUGGAAGGCGUUCCACUGUGAUAGAGAAGUUAGAAGCUCUUGAGCUGGAUGCUGAUCGAAUGGAUGCUGAUGAAACAACUCUCAGUGAUUCACGACCAGGAAGAAGUGAAACUCGGCAAGUUCAAAGGAUAGAGGAAAUGAAAAAGAAACCUGUCAGAGAGCAGCGCUUUCAUUCUUCUGCUAUACCUCCUCUUCGGCGGGCAAAAUCCCUUGACAGAAGAACAACGGAAUCCAUUAUGACGCCGGAUCUCCUGAACUUUAAGAAAGGGUGGAUGGUGAAGCUCGAUGAAAUGGGUCAGUGGAAGAAAUACUGGUUUGUACUGACUGACCAUAGCCUGCGUUACUACAAGGACUCAAUUGCUGAGGACGCAUCAGAUUUGGACGGUGAAAUUGAUUUAUCUACUUGCUAUAAUGUAACUGAAUAUCAGGUCCAGCGCAACUAUGGCUUCCAAAUCCAUACCCAGGAAGCUUUGUUUACCCUUUCUGCAAUGACUGCUGGCAUCCGACGCAAUUGGAUGCAGGCAUUGAUGAAAAAUAUCCGACCUUCAACAGCACCAGAUGUUGCCAGCUUACCAGAAGAACAAUGUGCUGUGAUGCUACCAGAUACUACUCCACAUUAUGAUAGCAAAUCAGAUUCCCCAUCCUCUGAAGCUUCUUCGGUGGAUAAAGAGACAGGGCAGAGAAAAAGCCGAGCACGUGAAAGGAGGAGAGAGGGCAGGUCAAAAACUUUUGACUGGGCAGAAUUCAGGCCAACAGCACAAGCAAUAGCACAAGAAAGAGCAGCAAAAGCAGAUUCAUGUGACAGUCAUGCGGAGAGAUUUGGUGCAUCUUCAUCAGACAUGAAUGACUGGGAACGGACUAAACGGCGCGAGGAACGUAGAAAAAGAUAUGAGGCUGUGACUGGAACAGUAGGCUCGAGUUCAGGUGAUACAAAUAGGAUGGAAUUUGAACCAUCAAGUUCCUCACCGUUGCUGGAUCGGAGACAAAAGAUGCACGAUGAAAUUGAAGAGCACUGGCAGCAGGUAGAACGCACGCCCAUAAGGGAAGAACGACGGGUACCUCUGGCAACAGUACUGGCAAGUUCACAAACAUCACAGAUUGAUAAGCUACUGGAAAGCCAUACAAAAGAGCUUGAAGAAUUGAAAACUCAGUUGGAGCAUUGCCAGCAGGAGUUAAUAGACGCACAGAAAUACAGAACAGAACUCGAAGCUCAGCUGAAGGCUAGCAUGGAACGUGAACAACAGAUUCGUUCUGGGUAUAUAUCUCAGCUGGAGCCACCUUUGGCAAGUUCAAAUGCCUGGCAGCAGCUACAGAAGCUGAACCAGGAUCUACAAGCUGAGCUGGAAGUUCAACAACAAAAACAGGAAGGGGUAAAUGCACAAACUCAAAGCCUAAAAAAAAGCUAUCAGGAUGCCAAGGAGCUCCUGAGACAACAAGAGACAAAAAUGCAAAACCUUCAGGCCAGAUUGGACAUUUCUUUAUCAGAGGUUGCCAUAAAUGAACAGUCAUUAUCUAAAACACAAAAUGAUUUGCGCCUUGAGCGUCAAAAGUAUAAAGAACAAGCAGAUGAAUACGAGAGAAAACUAAGUAUGUUUAGCAAUAAGUUGCAAGAGAGUGAAGAGAAGCUUCGAGAGGUAGAGGGGCUCCUUCUUGAAAAAACACAAGCUUUUAGGGAUCUAGAAAGACAAAUGGCUCUUCAGGAUGACUAUCAGCGAGAAGUCAGGCGACUACAAGAGCAUCUAGAAGGAGUAACCAGUCGGUUGCAGAACAGUGAACAAGGGGUCAUUCUGAGUGAAGAACGUUUUCAGAAACAAUAUGAGAGCCUGAAAGACAAAUAUGAAAAGGAAAAGGAUAUCCUAUCACAUGGUGUACAAGAAGCUGAAGAGAAAGUUAGAGAGUAUGAAGAUCGUCUGCAGUCUUUUGAGGCUCAGUUAGAGAGAGCUCAAAAAGAAAAACUGGCAGUAUCUUUCAAAAGCAGUGAAAUGGUGAGACAAAUGGAAGAACAUGUUGAGAUGACUGAAGGCACAGUUAAAAGGCUGACCCAUGACAUAGACAUUUUGUCAGCUGAGAAUGAACAAUUGAAGCAACAACAUCAGGAAAUUGUCAAUCAGUUGACAGAAGCUGAUAGAGAGGUUGAAGGACUGAAGUUAGAAUUGGUGAAGGAGCGAGCAAGAUAUAGAGAUUUGAAUGAAGAUUUUGAAAAAUCUAUUCUAGAGGUGAAUAAACUUAAUAAUGAAGUGGAAGAAAACAAUUUUAAAAUGGUGUCACUGAAGGAAUCUUAUGAGAGGGAACUUGAAAAGAAAAAUAAAGACUUCAACGAGGCUUUAAUUAAGCUGAAAGCUUUAGGUACCAGUUUGGAGGAGACAGAAAAGAAACUUCAGCUUAAAGAGGCUACACUUAAAGGCCUUGGUUGGCAGGUACCAACAGACAUUGAUAUGCUUAUAGAGAAGAAAGAAGAACUUCAAAACAAGUUAGAAGAUGCUGAAGCUAGGCUGGCUCAACAGGAGAUAAAACUGCAGUUAACCGAAAACAGUUAUCAAGAACUUCUUUCCCAAAGCAAUAAACCCCAAUCAGAUACUGAAACUUCAAGAAAAAGUGCUGAAUGUGGAGCAAGAAGAAACCUGCUAGGUACUUCUACAGUUGAAAAUAUUCUUCAUGCCACAAGCAGUUCAUUUGAACCAGUGGAGGUUGAGAUCUCAAUUAGUUGUAUCGCACAGCUUUCGAAAGAAUUAAUGGCAAGGCUUCAGCUUUUGGAGAGCCAGUUAUCAGCAGUGACUGAUUCAGUAGGACAAACAUGCACGGAAUGUUGGUUUUCAGGACUGCCGUCCUCUCUGAAUACUGAAAGUUCAUGCUACAAAAUAGCAGAUGGUUGUAUUAUAGAUCUGAAAAAAUGUCUGGAAAUUAUAUGCACACUUGAAACUAAGCUAUUAAUAACAAAACAAGCCAUUAAAGGGGAAACUGCUUGUCCUUUAGAUGAAUCAGCAAGCCUGCAAUGUAAUGCUGAAACUCAUGGAGGACUGUCUGACCCUGAAGUUCAUUUAAAAGAACAGAGAAAAGAAAACCAGUCAUUAACUUAUUCAAUGUCUCAGCAGUUUUCCAGUUCAAAUGUCAGACUUGAGAUACUAGUGCAAGCUGCAAACUUUGAAUUCCAAGCACUGCAAGCUAAACUGCUUCAGUUGCGUAAAGUGUUGGAAGGUUUGCAACAGAAAACUGGUCACCUUGCUCAAAGAUGGGACUCUGAACAACAUGGACAAUUGUCUGACUUGGUACAUGCAUUGCAAAGUUCAGUACAAUACUUGCAACAAAUGGAAGAAGGUUUAGCCAGAAAAGAGAGAACAUUAUUCAGUGAAGAAUAUUUAAUGAAAGCCUCUUUAUCAGAGGAAGAAAAGCUACAAUGUUUAGUUGACAAACUGGCACUUGAAGCAGCAACACUUGAUAAUAUUGCUGAUGCUUUGCAGAAUUCUGACUCUGGAAUAAAAAGUACUUUAGAUGAAAUUAGAAAGCACAGUGAAAACAUUACUCUAAUUUCACUGGAAGAAAUCAGUAAAAUAGGACCUUCAGUUCUCAACAAAUUAUUAAUUGAAGGAGAAUUUUGGACAAAUUUUCCGAUGAUCCAUGAAAGCAAGACAUCAGAUGUUGACGAACAAUUGAAUGAACCCAUGCGAAGUUAUUUCAAAAUGAUGGCAAACAGUACUUUGGUGAAAGGCGAAAUUAUGUUCUGUGCUCAUAAUAUUUUGGAGGCUUCAGAAGAAAAAUUACAACAUUUGAAAGCGCAGUAUAUGAAAAUGCAUCACAGAAACCAGAACCAUAAACAGAUGCUCAGGAAUGUUCUUGAUGCGUAUGGCACAUGUCGGUUUGAUGGGCUGCUUCAGGAAAUUCGAAGUGAACUAAACAAUGAUGAAGAAGGUGAAUCACUGUUCUUAUGUUCACAACCACUCAAACUACCAAUAGCAUCUGUUUCUGCUGACCAAGAUUUUGAACUUCAAGUAAGGGCAGAGUUAGUACAACAAAUUAGGAGAAAUGCUUACACAUUGAAGAAAAUGUCAAACUCCAUUCAGUCGGGUGCAGAUGAUGAUCUUUGCCUCUUGGCCAGAAGGCUUGUUCACAGUAUGGAUUGCAUACCUGCAUUGAGCAGACAUAGUAAUUCAAAAAUUAUGUGGCCUUUUUUGCUUCAGGAUGCAGUCUUACAGGCUGAAUUAUCAUAUGUAAUCUCCAAGAUUCAGUUGAAGCAUGAUCUUGCACAAAGUGGGAAUAUGCAGCUGAGAUUGGAAGCAAUGAAGGUGGAACACUCAAACUUCACUACUUUAUUACAGAGCAAACAUGCUGCUGAGCUGAAAAAGCUGAAAGAGCAACAGGAUUUGGAGCUAAAGAAAUUAAAAGAGGAGAUUGUAGAGUUUAAAAAGUUGGAUAUUUCACAACCGGGCAUUUAUGCUGGAGCAACUCAUAUCCAAAUUGAGGGAGAACCAAUUGACUCAUUAGACAAAGCUAUUGAACUGCAGGACAUGGCAGCAAGGCAUAAGAAGGAGCUGCGGGAAGUGAGAGAAGCAUAUGAAGCAGAGGUGGAGAAAUUAAAAAGGGAGAUAACAAGGGCAGGGGAGACACUCAGACUGAAAACUGAAGAAAAUGUGAAGGAAAUAGAUUCAUUGACUAUCUGCAUGGAGAAUUUAAAGGAAAAGCAUGUUGAGGAGCUCAGGAGACGAAAAGAAGAAUUUAAGAUGGAGAAGAGAGAGCUAGAGCAAAGGUUUGCGAGAGUAAAAGAAGAACUCACACAUGAAAUAGAAGCUUUAAAAGAAUGUAGCAACUUCAAAGAGGUGGAUGUUGUAUGUGAUCUGCAGAGAUCCACUGACCAGUACAGAAAAACAGCAAAUGAGCCACAUUCUGUGAUCUUGCUGAGAAAUCGCAUACAAGAGCUGGAGUCCCAGAUAGAUGUCAUGAAAAAUAAGAUUGAAGUCGGCCCAACAACUCUGCGGGAGAAAUAUGAAAAGGACUUGGAGAACCUCAAGGCUACAUGUGAACGUGGAUUUUCUGCUAUGGAAGAAUCACAUCAGAAGGUAAUAGAAGAGCUUCACCGACAACACCAACGAGAACUAGAGAACCUCCAGGAAGAUAAAGAGCGGUUGUUGGCUGAAGAGACAGCUGCUACCAUCUCUGCAAUUGAAGCAAUGAAGAAUGCACACCGCCUGGAACUUGACCGUGAACUGGAAAGGAUAAGAAAAUCACAAAGCAGUAAUGUAAAUGCAGAUCUUGAUGAAAUAUGCAAACAGCACGAUGAGGAACUGGCAUCAUUACAACGAGAAAUUGAGGUUUUGUCAGAACAGUACUCCCAGAAGUGUUUGGAAAAUGCACACUUGGCUCAGGCUUUGGAAGCAGAGCGACAGGCAUUAAGACAAUGCCAGCGUGAAAACCAGGAACUCAAUGCACACAACCAGGAACUGAAUAAUCGUCUGGCUACAGAAAUAACCCGACUGAGAACAGUGAUGACAGGUGACAGUGGAGGAGAUGCUACUGGCCUAUCACAAGGCAAAGAAGUAUAUGAAUUAGAGGUAUUGCUGCGGGUUAAAGAAUCAGAAAUACAGUACUUAAAACAGGAAAUUAAUUCCUUGAAAGAUGAACUGCAGACUGCUCAACGUGAUAAGAAAUAUGCUACAGACAAAUAUAAAGACAUCUAUACAGAGCUAAGUAUCGUAAAAGCUAAAUCAGAACGUGACAUAAACAGACUAAAAGAGCAGCUGCAGCUGGCACAGGAAGCACUGGGAGAGCAGCCGAUGGAUGAAACAGAGCACAGCAGAUACGAUAUUAUGAAAUCAAAAAGCAAUCCAGAUAUUCUAAAGAUGGCAGCUGCAGCAAAACGAGCAGAUCGAACACAAAGAUCAAAGAGUCUCAAAGAAGGACUUACUGUUCAACAGAGGUUUCAUCUAUUUGAAAAUAAGGAGACAAAAGAAUUUUAAGAGCUCCUUUGCAUGUUCAAGACCACCACCUUGUCCCUGCAGAAAAUUGCAGCUCAAAGAUGACUCUGAGCGCUUUGGUUUGCUGCAGCUGUGAUAAAGAAGCUGUAUUUUAAACAAAGCAAAUACAUCCCCACACACCUAAUUUCCCUUAGAUUAUUAUUGUGAAGUUCUAGCAUUUACUUUAAGCUCCAUGCACUGCAGAUUACUCUUAUUGCAAUCUCUAACUGUAAAUACUACAUAGGGAUUGGCUUCUUUGUUUCGAUGUUUGGGGUUCUUGACCCUCACAAAGUCUGUAAAGCUGAUUUAUAUACACUGCUGUAUAAGCUACUGUGUAAACAAAAUGGGAAAUCCUUUUUAGAGAAAAAAGUAUGGAAGACACUACUUGUAUAUAACCUCGAGAAGGGAUGCUUGUUUAUUUUCAAUUUUGUUUUUUGGACUGAGAGUUGAAGCUUGAUCUGGAUGUUGAAUACUUGGAGCAGAAGGUACAAGUUAGAGUGUCCCAUUUUACCAGUCUGCAAAGUACUCUUCAGCACCUCCCACACAAAACAAAUCUUAUUAAAAUUGUCACAACCUUCCAUAAUAAUUCUGUUUUGCGUUUUUUUUGUAAGCCCAUUAACUAGGGCUGUAACUGAACUUUGAAACUUUUAAAACUUUUUAGAUAGAUUUGGCUGUGAUUUUGAAGCUUUAUUCAUUUUGAUACUGUUGCUCAUGCCAUUUCUACAGCCACUGGUGAGGAACAUAUAUCCCAUAUUACAUUGAAAAUUGUAAAGGAACUGCCAGCAUAUGACAGAAAUAUAAGUAAACAACAUGUACUGUUAAUCUUUAAUUGACACUGAUCUAUAUUCAGACUUUAAACCAGAAGCCUAACUAAUCUGUCUUUUGGUGAGCACUUGCUAUUCCUUAUUCUUCCAGCACUGUUUGUUUCUGUGCAUAACAAGUACACCAAGAGUUUCAUUGUAUCCCGUGCAGUACUCAAGUGACUUUUUAUAAUGUUAACGUGAAAUAAAAACAUUGAAAACUGAGUGAUCACCAGAUGACAAGGCAAGUGAAAAAUAAGAUUGCAAUUUGACCAUUUGUGUGGUUACAAAUGUAAUUUUGUAGAAAAAAACCUGAACAAAAAAAAAGAUCUCUUCAAGUUCACCUUUUAACAGUAACCAGUGCAUCAAAGAAGAAUCCACUGCAGAUAAAUGCAAGUUACAGUAGUUGAUUUAUUCGGUACUAAUGACAUGUUGUUUGAGUAAAUGUGCUUACACUACCUUGAAAACUAUAAGCUGGAGUGACGUGAAGGAGUGUGUUUGUGUCAUUUUGAUAGUUUCAUAUUCCAGUUUUUCUCAUUAGCCCACCACAAAGAUCCUGUUUCUCAGAAAAUAAAAACAAUAGAUCUGAAAAUGUUGGUACUUUUUUGUUGCCCAGUAUGUGCAGAAGGGGUGUUAUCUUGCUGUAUGUGAGAGAGUGUGAGGAGAUGUUAUUGAGUAACUUCAUAGCUUCUGCCAGUGGCAGGCCCCUGUAUUUAUUUAAAUGUGCUGAAUUUGCUCCCCUUCCCAAUAAUAAAAACUGCUGUCUGUGAUUGUAAAUACACAGUAAAUACCACACCACCAAAACUUUGCAUAUGUUAGCAAUAAAAUAUUUUUGCACCACG